GAAGAAGAAGAAGAAGAAGAAGAAGAAGAAGAAGAAGAAGAAGAAGAAGAAGAAGAAGAAGAAGAAAAUUUAAUUUUGCCCCAAAGAAGCUUAGAAAGGCCUUCAAAAACUUAGACUCCCUCCCCCCACCCCAAAAACAAAUCCUUACAAUCAAGCGAUGUGGAAUCAGGGAAAUUCUAAGAGACUGUCAGGCAAAACCUCCCUGCAUUCAAAUCUGAAUUCUUUCUUCCCAAAACCCAAAUCAGGAUCCUCCUAAUAUCGCAAACUAGCCAGAUCUAUUCUAGCCAUCUUUAUAAAAAUAAAAAUAAAAAAAUGGUAGCAGGUCCUCCCUGCAAAAUGCCAAUAAGUAGAUUAUUAACAGCAUUGCUUAUUUUUAAAAAAAUAUAACUAACUUAUAAGAAUCGUUUUUAUUUCAUUGAAUAAUAUAAUGCAACAGAAAUGAAUGAAGCAGCAUUGGUAUGAGCCUAAACGAUGAUGGGUAAAAAUGUGACGGAUAUUUUUUUUGUUGAAUCGAUCUACAAAAAUGAAAAUUAAUGGAUUAAUAUUUUUGUAUCCUUUAUUUUUCCCUAGUAUGUAUGUUGUAUGUGUGUGUGUAGAUAUGAAUGUGUUUUUGUGUGUACACCUACCUAUAUAAUAUAUGCAUGGGAAAGAGGGAUUUUACAGCCCUAUAAAGGCAGAAAGGCUUGGAAAUCUCCACCACAAUUUAGCUGGACAAGGAAAACCUACUGCGAAUUUACAGUUGCCAUCCUUAUAACCUGGUUUUAUGUACUUUGGCUGAGAAGUCAUUUUCGAAUAAGCCCAUUGAGAAGUGCCUCCUAAAAUUUCCAUUUUAUUGCAUUUUAGGCCAAUUUAAUCGGAAGAACAUUCCAUCCCCCGCAUGGAUUUUAUUUUAACUAAAGAGAUUUGGGAUUAUUAUUAUUUUGUUCUUUUUAGCCAAUCGGUUUCGCGAUCUGUGAUCUUUAACUUUACCUUCGAGUAAUCUCUCCCCAUUUACUCACUUUGGAAGCAAAUCCCAGUUAAAACCUACACAGUUUUGGUUACUUCAGAAUAAACCUGGCUUCCCAAGUUUUGGGUUUCAGAAGAAGGAAGGGAGCUCGGCGGGUCCCCUACACACAAAACGCUUCGGGCUGGCCGGUAUUUCUCAACGCUGAUUUUGCAGCCCCCCUCCUUUCUAAUCCCAAAGUGGGACUCCUUUCUCCGCAGCCCGCCCCAAAUUGUUUUCUAAGCCAGGUUUUCUCUAACAGCUGGAAGUAGUUGGAAAGGGGCUGCUAUGGGAAGACCCCCCGCUCUUCCGUUGACAGCUGAUCAAAAGAAAAUAGGUCACGCUUUUCAAACUUAUGCGCCCCCCUCUCCUUAAUUGCUGUCUCUUUAAACAAAGGCAACAUCUGCGCAACCUCAGCCGGGCUCAACCCUUCUUCGGGGGGCAACCUGUUCUUACACCCCACGCCUCCCCUCCCCCAGCCUUCGUAAAGAAGCCGAAACUUUUGGACUGCCGGUUUAGCCAAGCUGGGUCCAGCAGGUUUUGAAGGGCGAUCGCUUCCUCUUACUCAAGAAAUUCACCAAAGCAAUGGAAGGAGGCAAGGCUGGGCCAAAGCUAGCUGUUAAGAGUCCUAAAGUGGCCCAACCGUGCGGUAUCCAGCGAGCUUUACUUUCAUGUAAAGUCAGUCCAGGUUGCCCGCUUAUUGGAGAGUGAAGCUGCAGGCGCGUUUACUAAAUUGACAAGGAUGAAUUCCAGACUAAAAUGGGAAGAUUUCAAUCUGAAAACUCUAUCAAGCUGAACCUUACUAAACCCAAUGGGGUUACUUUUAAGUAAAGGAACUUAGGACGCUGCUAUUACAGAUCGGCAGAUAACCCUGGGGGUAUUUAGAGUCCUGGAUUACCACCACCACCCACUUCCUCAAAUAGUAUUUGCUAAUGUUGCAUAAAUAGCAACUUUAGAAGCCAGGAAAUAUAUCACUGUUGGGAACCCUUCCCCUGAGUUUAUUUUACAGCCAUCCGUUUUCUACCGGAUUCUGCUACUGCCUCUUCGACCAACGUCCCUCUUUGUCCUUAUUUUGUGCCGGAUGGGGGUCUCCGAACAACUCGAGGCCCAGGCGCCUUUCCUGGAAAGCGGCUUGGGCCCAGCCUGGACUGGAAAGAUUUGAAAGGAUUUAAUUCCCAGCCAAUGAGAUCAAUCGAAAAUGGAACGCAGUCAGUCCUAUUGCAUUCCCUACGUGCAAGUUUUCCGAAUCGAGUUUCUCCGGGCCCUUAAGAUUUACUUAAAGGACAAUCGCGAUCGUUUAAAACAACACGGACUGGUCUCUUUAUUAUUAUAGGUCUAGGCACCCUUUUUUUGCCUUUCAAAUGUAAAAAUAUCCCGAGGCAACCUUUGAGACACUUCCUCUCUGUGCGAAAUCUAAAGACCUUAAAGGAAGCCAAGCGAGCCAGCUAAGCAUUUGGAGAUAAUUCCAGCUAUUCCCAUCCAGCGGGUGUAACUCACCUGGUUGAGCCCAGCCCAAGUUUAUUACCCAGUCAAGGUGCUUAUACGCUGGACUAAGACCCUUUCCUGUUUCCUAGAGGAAAGAGGGCCGUCGGAAGAGGGGAACGGAGGCGCUAAGGUGGCUCUCCAGCUCUCCCACGUCCAAAGCGGUAUCAAUAAAAACGUCCAAGCGGAGGUUAAUGGUGGGCUGGAUCCGAACUUAGCAGCCAUUGUGACGAGCACACACUUGUUUUUAGGACGGGAGGCGUUGGCUUUGCUCUCCGUCGGGCUGCAAAGCAAGAUUUAGUUAGGAAUGUCUCCGGGGCAGAGAUCUCCCUUUACAAUGUCCUCGGGAACUUGACGAUAAUGUAGUGUCCGUGGGGCAGAUUUCCUGGAAGAAGGUUUCUAUGGUGAUUUCAUUGGAAACAGCAAUGGAGAGGGGGAGGCGAUGCGCUGGGAUCCGAAAGAACUCGACCUAAGGGUCGCCUCUACUUUUGCGCCUGUCCGGAAAGAGAUCUGCACCUGCACCCACGCGGCUUUGUUUAUUGGGUGUUUCCUCCCCCCUCCCCCCCCCAACGCGCUGGGUUGCAGGGCCGGCCGACGAACCCGAGUGCCUCUGAAAAGCAGGUAGGCGCUCCGGCGGCCUCUCCGCGGGAAGGCAACUUCGGCGAAGUUCGGCGCCGCGUUCUUCUCAGCCGCCGCGCGGGAGGCGCAGCCGAGGGAGACGGCCUGGCAGGGGGCUCCGCAGAUCCCGGGCAGCCCGCCUUUCCGCCUCCCCCUCGGCAACCUCUACCCGGAGAGGAGAGUGCGCCCGCCCUAGCGACCGGGGCUGAGGCGAGGUGGGAAGGCGAGGCGGCGUUCCAGACGGGAGCACUGAGGGGGCUUCUGCUCAAAGGCCGCUCGGGACGUCGCCCGCCGGAGCGCCGGGAUUGACAAGACUCCCCUUCGGAGGGCGGGAAAAGAACAGCCCCCCCCCCUCCCCCGUUUGCCUCAGCGGGAAGGACAACGUCCGCCUGCUUUCCCCUCCCGCGAGGCGAGUCUGUGGAGAGCCGGCGAAGCGAUUAUUAUUAUUAUUACUGCUACUACUACGGUUGCUCUUAUUAUUGUGGUUAUUUAGCUUCGGGGCGUGGCUCGGCCGCCCUGCCACGGGGCCCUCCCCUCGCUGCCUUUGUGCGAGGCACGGGUCCCGGCUCGUGCCCAAGCGCGGGGCGACCUCCUGACUCGACCCCCCGGUGAAGAGAGCCCGGAGGCCGCAGCCUCUUUUCAAUCCUCUCGCGCUGCUCUCUCGGCGGCGUUUGGAGAGCCGGCGCCUGAGAAUCUCUCAGGCCAGCUUGAAGCCUCCCGCGGCCAGGCUCCGCCCCCCUGGCGGCUCGCCAUUGGCUGAGCUUUGGCAGCUGGGCCUCCCUCGCCCCCUCCUCUCCCUCGUCGGCCGGCUUGCUGGAAGGCUUUUCGCAGAUUGGGCGGGAGGCUGGUCAAUCGGAGAGGAGCGCCCGCCCCCACUCCCCUCCCUCCUCGCGCGCGGGGGGCCGGGCUAGAGGGAUGGGUGGGAGGCGAAGCGCGAGCGCAACUCUGGACAGCUCCCGCUAGCCCAGCAGAAGACGGAAGGGCAGGCUAGGGCUCGGACAUGGCGAGGAGGCAGCCGCGGCGCUGGGCAGGCUGAGGCGCGGCAAGGCCGGGGGCUUCCUUCCCCCCCCCCCGCGGGUACAACUGAGAGGCCUUACAGCGACUCCCCCCCCUCCCUGCGCGCCCCGGCCGUCAGCCAAGAGGCGGCAAGAGGCUCGAAUCGCUGGGCUGGAAAGGAGCCGCCGCCACCACCACCACCGCAGCAGCAGCAGCAGCAAGCAGCAGCCGCCACCGGGCGCCCGGAGCGCUCGCUCGCUCUCUCUCCCCGCCCCCGCCCAGCACACCCCUGGAGCCACGGCCGCCUUAGCCGCCGCCGCCGCCACACCACCGCCGGCUCGCCCCAUGGACUGAAUGAAGGCUGUCUGCACCCCCUAUCGAUGCCUCACCAAAGAGCUGGAGAGCUGCGCCAUGAACCCAGAGCUGACAAUGGAGAGCCUGGGGCCCUUGCACGGGCCGGCCGGCCCUGAGCAGGACUUGAUGGGCAGCCCAAGCCCGCACCACCACCCACCGGGCAGGAGCGCCGGCCCGCUCCGGGUCCACCCGCCGCCUGCUCCCCCGGGCCCGCCGCCUUCCCAUCAGGAGCUGGCCUCCGCCUCCUCGCGUUCGGCCAUGGUGAGCAGCAUGGCUUCCUUGCUGGACGGGGCAGGGGACUACCGGCCGGAGCUCUCCAUCCCGCUGCACCACGCCAUGAGCAUGCCCUGCGACUCCUCGCCGCCCGGCCUGGGUAUGGCCAGCACUUACACCACGCUGACGCCUCUCCAGCCCCUGCCGCCCAUCUCCACCGUCUCGGACAAGUUCCACCACCCGCACGCCCACCACCAUCACCAUCACCCGCACGCCCACCACCCGCACGCCCAUCAUCCCCACCAGCACCAGCGCCUCUCGGGCAACGUCAGCGGCAGCUUCACCCUGAUGCGCGACGAGCGGGGACUCCCGGCCAUGAACAACCUCUACGGGCCCUACAAAGAGAUGGCCGGGAUGGGCCAGAGCCUCUCGCCGCUGGGCAACGGCCUGGGUUCCCUCCACAACCCCCAGCAGGGCCUCCACAACUACGGGCCGGCCGUCCCCGAGAAGAUGCUGAGCCCCAACUUCGAGGCCCACCCGGCCAUGCUGACCCGGAGCGACCAACACCUCUCGCGGGGCCUAGCCACCCCUCCGGCCCCGAUGAUGGCUCACCUGAACGGGAUGCAUCACCCCGGCGGCCACCCGCAGCCCCACGGGCCCGUCUUGGCCUCCAGCCGGGAGAGGCCGCCUUCCUCCUCCAGCGGCCAGGUGAGCAACUCGGGCCAGCUGGAGGAGAUCAACACCAAAGAAGUGGCGCAGAGAAUCACCGCCGAGCUGAAGCGCUACAGCAUCCCCCAGGCCAUCUUCGCCCAGCGGGUGCUGUGCCGUUCUCAGGGGACCCUUUCAGACCUUCUAAGGAACCCUAAGCCUUGGAGUAAACUGAAAUCGGGCAGGGAGACCUUCCGAAGAAUGUGGAAAUGGCUGCAGGAACCCGAGUUCCAGAGGAUGUCAGCCUUAAGACUUGCGGCAUGCAAACGCAAAGAGCAAGAACCAAACAAAGAUAGGAACAACUCCCAGAAGAAAUCUCGUCUGGUUUUCACUGAUCUCCAACGCAGAACACUUUUUGCCAUUUUCAAAGAGAACAAACGUCCAUCGAAAGAAAUGCAGAUCACCAUCUCACAACAGCUGGGCUUGGAACUUACUACGGUCAGUAACUUCUUCAUGAAUGCUAGGAGGCGGAGUCUUGAGAAAUGGCAGGAUGAUCUGAGCACCGGGGGAUCCUCGGCAACCUCCAGCACUUGUACCAAAGCAUGAUCAAAGAACCGAAUCUGAAUUGGGCACAACUCAACUAAUAUCUAUUUAAAAGGAACGGAUUCUUAACGGGGCCCUUCACUGGUGAUUUGAAAGCACAAUUCUCUUAAACCGUAAUACUACUUUGCAACACGGGGCAUUCAGUUUAAUUUAAUUCAGAUGAGAAUUAGGCUUUGGGGGUUCUCUCUGUCUGUCUGUCUUUCUUUCUUUCUCGU